CACUUUGAUAUCUUCUCUCCUACCAUCCACAACAGCAACUACCGCCACCUUUCUGCAAUCAACGGCAUUAAGGGAGUCGCCUCUGUUCUUGUCAUGCCAAUGGCCGAUGAAGUGCAUUAGUUGAACACUUGUGUGCCCAGAGUUUGUGUUGCCAUUAUUACGUACAGUUUUUGCGAGAGCUAUUGACGUAAAUCAUUCUGUGGCGAAGUCCCCCACAACGUGUUUGUGCAUCGUAAAGAAAACAAGAUUGAAGUGUCGGUGGAAGUGCCCUUGACGUAGAAUGUGUGUGUGUGCAGAUAUUGACCUCAAGCCGAGAUAAGUAUUUUCGCAUAAAACCCGGCGUGGAUUACCGGGGAAGCCUGACAUCUACAAGAAAUGUUUUGGUGAACUGCAUUGAAGCGUCUGCAAAUUAAAGACAGAGAACCGAGAGUGAAGCAGAAGAGAGAGAGAGAGAGAGAGAGAGAGAGAGAGAGAGAGAGAGAGAGAGAGAGAGAGAGACUUGCGACUUGCAGGAUUAGAACAGGGAGGGUAGCGCGUUACAGUCGCGAGUUGAACAACCUGUAUUGUUAAUUAUCAUUUGCCCUGUUAAGAGUCUCUCACUCACUGAUGGAGGUGCCGUAGACACUAUGUUCGUGUGGAGGAGGGUGGAGGGGUAAACAGCCACUCCCUCUGCAUGCAUCGUGAAGUGUGCACGAAGAAAAGAAGCGGAUGAAACCCAUGCUAUCGAGUAAGGAGCUCUUCUAUGCGAGUGUGAGUGAGUAUGUGCGGAGUACCCCAGGGCCUUCGUCUUGCCCCGUGUUAGUUUAUAGCCAACUGCUGUGGUACCUCUGCUUCUGUUGAGUCACAGACAGACAGACACCCACCUAUUGCUUCGUCAAGGAAAUCGAGGCAGAAACGUAACGCAAAAGAAAUGUGGACUUUGCCCGGUGCAUCCUGUGACAAGCCUUGAUCGCCAGUGCAUUUUGACGAUAAAAGCCUCAUCAAUUCCAAACUUGUUUGACUCGUUAGCAUUCGAUCUACGAAGGCAUAUCUGAUCCGUGAAAAUAGGUGCACAUUGUGUGAAGUAUUUGUUCAUUUUCAACAGCUUAGUGCAAGUGUCCGAACACCAUUCUGGGAUAUUUCGGUUCUCAGCUGAUUUAGGUGGUACAGUACUUGUAAUUUGUGUUUGUAUAUGACUACUGCAGAAACCAGCUUCAUAUUUUGUCUUUGCUAAACGUGUGCUCUUGUUGCUGAUCAGAAAAAACCAGUAAAUGUCAAUUAAAAGGUUAGUGAAGGAGGAUUGUUUGGUGAUUUCGAUGCUGCUUGAAGGAGUAAUCUUCGCAACGGAAAUGAUGCAUUCCUCAUGCUGCCCGAGUGACUAUGGGUUUUGAAGCUGCAUUGCAUGUGUGUGCAUUUGCUUAUGAGCGAAUAAAAGGUGCUUCUCUUUCCUGCCUCUUACUCUAUCCCUUUUCCUUUCUCUUCAGUCAUCCAUUGCGCGACUUGUCCCCGGCGUUUCCUCUCCUCUCGUUUCUCAGCAUCCCUCAUCUCCCUCGUGUCUGUCCCUUUUCUUCUCUCGCUUUGUAAUCCCGCAAGGCUGCCUGCACCUGUGUUCCCAACACCUGAGUUGCUGUGGAUUCUCUCUCUCUCUCUCUCUCUCUCUCUCUCUCUCUCUCUCUCUCUCUCUCUCUCUCUCUCUCUUCUCCCCUCAACCUGACCAAUUCUUACAACUUCAUCAGUCAUCAAUUGCGUUUCUUUAAAUUCAAGUGCUAUCCUCUAUCUUCAUUUUCUUCCAUUUUUUCCAGAAAACUAUUCAUCUUGGGCAGCCUUGCUUCUCCCCAGCCAAUUGACAGUUGAUCUGUCAUUCAUACACAAGUCACGCCGCUUACACCAGCAGACGCUUCUUGCAUCUAUCCUACUCGGACAACACCAACACCUUCUCACCUUACUGCUUCUUCUUCCACUUCUUCUUCUUCUUCUUCGUCUUCUUCUUCUUCUUCUUCAUCCCCAGACAACACUUCCCCCCCACACAUCCACACCCACAUAAGCAAGCAACCUCGGGCUGUCCACCCAACCCCUGAAUCUCCUCACCGCUCCCCUUCCUCUCCCCUGACAACCUAUCAACUCGAAACCUUCCGUAUACCAUUUUAUUUCUUGUUUUCCUCCUCUGUGACUUUCACAAGUCAACCGAUGCGAAAGAUGUGAGGGGGAAAGGAAAUCCUCGUUGUGACGAAGAAGAGGAGGAGGAGACAGACGAAUAUACGGUUUCAUUUUUUUUUUCCAAUUUUGGGGUACGACCGAGUGCCAAAUCUUAGUAACAGUGCCAAGCAGUACGUCAUGGAUUAUAGUACCUGUGCCACCACUGGUUUACACAACGAGGAUUUCAAGGACUUUUCAAGGCCUGGCGAUGGGCAUCGAGUGAGUGGCGGGGAGUCGAGUGGUGUGAUGCUGCGGACGCAACAGCAGCAGCAACAGCAGCAACAGCAGUCCCCCCAGACCAGCACCACGACAGGCAGUAGAGAUCUCGCUCCUUACACACAGCAACAGCAGCAGCAACAGCAGUUGAGCAAAACACCUGUUCGGGACGUGGGUGGGGGGUCCACCCCCGCCCUCAAAUCUCAACCGACGCGCGAUCAACCACAGGGCCGCGGUCGAGAGGGACGAGCUGGUUCCCGAGAACGUUUGGUGGUCGCGCCUCUGAGUUUGGCCCAGAGGGACUACCCAAGACAUGACUACUACCAGCACAAACCUCAGGACUAUCCGAGUAAACCGCAAGACUAUCCAAGUAAACUUCAAGACUAUUCUAGCAAGAACCAAGACUAUCCCACGAAGCCUCAGGACUACCCUUGUAAGAAUGGUGCCAGCACUCCUGUCUACAAAGCCCAGAGUCGUGAGGUAGUGCCUGCCCAGAGACAGCAGUCUCCCGGCGUGGCCCUAGGCAUGAUGAGCUCGCCAGGGGGUGGUGGGGGCGGUGGAGGCUUACGAGAGCGGGUUGCGUCCCCACACAGGGUGACGUCCCCUCCCGUUAAGCUGCAGGAGCCCCAGCGAAUGGCCAGCCCCCCUGUCAAAAUGUCCGAUCCCCGAUCACAGCAUGAUUUCGGCAAACCGGACAUCGUCAAGCUGGAGGGUUCUCCUGCAGGAGGCGUAGGUGUGCCGAGGCUCAGCCCAGCAGGCGUGGGAAGCCAUUUUGUGCAGCAGUACCCGGAAAGGGAUACCCCGGCGGCGUCGCAGGGGAAUGGCAGCAAUAACAGUAGUAACAGCAAUGCCGUGUGGGAGGGGGGCUACCCACUGACACCGGAGAAGUACCCCGUCAAUGGUCCUCCGACAUCGACGUAUUCGCCCCUCUCCUUGACGGCCCUCCACCUUCAGUCCUCUCCCUCCCACGGGCAUCGGGUAUCCCAUGACCCCCCUGAGAAGGUCAUAGACGCCCUGGAACAGAAGAAAGACAUAAGUUAUACUUCCGGGAGCAAUAACAACGGCAGUCCAGGACUAGACGAUGCAAUGGACGAUAAGUACCGUGAAUACCCGGCAGAGAAGGACGAGGGUGACCCGGAGGUUCUGGUCGACGGCUGUGACCUCAAGAAGCUGGCGGAGGUCACCAGCAAGAUGGCGCUGACUGUCUUGCCGGACGAUGUCGACACCUAUAACGAGCUGAAUAAGCAUCACCUCAACGGCCACCUGAGUGCCCAUCUGGAGCACCUCGGGAGGCCUGCGGGGCAACUCACACCGGAGAGCACGGACUGCGGCUCCCUCAGCAAGAGUUCCUCCGACGGGGAUAACAUGAUGAAUCGCAAGAGACCGCCCACCAAGCUCAAAUCCAAGAGGCGCAACAUCCUCUCCUUCCCGCACCAUCUGUCCGUGGAUGAACUGCGCGUCAUACAACGUCGCCAGGAUUCCUACGGAGGCGGGUCAUCCUCGGACGAAAACAGGUCCUCGGGACACGCCUCCAUGUCCGAUGGACACACUUCGUCAUCACCUCCCAUCGACACACUACCUCGACAUGAACACCUGCGGUCGAACUUGAAGGUCGUGCCGGAGGAUGAGCGGCUCUCGGCUGCUGUGACCUCAGCCGGUGCUGGAUACAAGGGUGCCGGCUCUGGCAGGCGAGGUCAGCCCAGGCCACGUCAUAGAGCAACGCCUUCAAAGGAUGACCUCUGCCUCACACUUGAAAGCGCUAGUGGCCUGGAGGACAUCAAGCAAGCUAUCGAACAGCUUACAAUGCGUUCUCAGGGUUCAAGGACCAGCUAUUCUACCUCCACUUAUUCUUCUAUGUCUGGCUCUGAAGGUGAACCUGUAAGAAGGCUGAUGAGACAUUCGUCGCUUGAAACAAUCAACACCAAUGUCACUUCAGCUGAUGAAUUUGUCUGGGUUGAUAAUCAUAACAGACUAGUUGAGUUGCAGCAGCUUCCAUGGAGUAACCAUGAUGUGUUACGGGUAGUUCAGCAGGGCCGUGUCAGGGAGCAGCUGGACAGGGUGUCCAUGGAAGCAGUGCCAAGACUUUCCUACCUCCUUCAAAGAGCACUUGUAAGAGUUGCAAGAGAGGCCCAAAGGCUUACCAGGCCUUUGGCUAUGUGCAGUAAACAGGAGGUAUCAUCUGCUCUUAAAAUUGUGUUAUCGCCAGCCCUUGCUGAUUCUUGCAUUAAGGCAUGUUUAAGGGCAGCUGCCAUGUACACUGUGUGUGGCGAUCAGUUGAGACAGUCCAAAAGUGCAAGAGCCGGCCUUAAUCUCUCUGUAGGACGCUUCAUGAGAUGGAUGUGUGAUGUGCGGAUUGGAAAAUUCAUCCAUGAGUAUGCUGCAGUUUACCUUACAGCAGGAAUGGAAAAUUUGUUAGAGGAAAUGGUUUUACAAUGCCUUCCUGCUGAGGAAGACCACAUGCUUACUGCAAGUGUAUUAGAGCAUGCUAUUGCAAACAAUGGUGACCUUUGGGGGUUACUGCAACCGUAUGCUCACCUUAAUGCUGGAAGGACUGCCACAGGAGCAUUGUGUUUGCCAAGAUGGGCAAGCACCAAUAGCAUCGAGGCAUCCUCUGGUAGUGGAGGUUCAUCGACAGGGGCUAAUAGAGGUAGUGGUGGAAGCGCAGGUUCAGGAAGUGGUGCUGGUGCGGGAGCUACAUCAUCAACGCCAGUCGCACAAGGAGGAAAUGAUGGAGUUGGAAACUGUAACAGUAGUAGUGGUCCUCAACCUUCAAGAUGCUCAUCAAGUGUUACAUUAACUCCUGAAGAGCACACAAGAAGUAGCAAGACACUUGAGCAGUCCCUUUUAACAACAUGUGUUGGAUCCUUAGCUGAACUGAGUGAAUUGUUAAGUGUUGUUGCUCUUCAUCAUCACAGAGCUACCAGCACAGCUUCUCCUUCUCGUGCACAGGUAACAUGGGGUCCUUCUGCUCUACAUGCAUUGUUUUACUUUAUGCGCUGCAGUCAACUUGAGCAUGCUGAGCAUGCUUCUCGAGCACCAAUCCAAGAGUUAGUGUAUGAGAGGCCUUAUAUUGUUUUACCACCCAUUCUGGAAUGGGUCAGAGUGGCUACUGCACACACCGAACAUCGACAUUCUACUGUUGUUGACAAAGAUGAUGUUAUGCAGGCUGCUAGACUUUUACUUCCAGGUGUAGAUUGUCCUGUCCGAAUGAUUGGGUAUGAGGAACUAAUGUGUCCCCGUCGUCAACUGGAUGAGUUGGAAUGCGCCAAAAAGUUUAAAGUUGACCUCGCUUUCAAGAUGUUAUCCUGUGGGAGGACAGACCUUGUUCCACAUGCAUUACAGCUGUUGCCAGCAACCAAAGUAAAUACAGUUAAUGAGUAUGGAUUAACACCCCUGAUGUUGGCAUGUAUUCGUGGUGAUGAACCAAUGGUAAACAUGCUCCUGGAUGCUGGAGCUGAUGUUGAUGCAGAAACACCUCCAACUGGCCCAGCAUACCUAAUGGCUAACCCAGAAACCCAGCAUUGGACUGCUCUUACAUAUGCAGCUAUUCAUGGACAUCUUAAUAUUGCAAAAACUUUGUUGGAGAAGAAUGGUAAUGUAGAAGGUGGAGCACGGCUAGCAGAAGAGAAAUGCACAGAAACACCAUUACAGGUUGCAGCAGCAGCAGGUCACACAGAUAUGAUAGCCUUGUUAUUGACUUACGUAGCCAAUCCUUACCUGUCAACACUGAUGAAAGACUCUCUCUGCUAUUCUGGGGCUGCUCAAAGAGGCUGCUAUGCUGCUAUUGCUGUUGCUGCAGCACAUGGCCAAAGACCAAUACUCCACAAACUAUUGUCCCAGCCGCAGCAUGCAUCAGCUCGAGAAGUGUUGUCUUUGGAAGAAAUUUUAGCAGAGGGGGCAAAUGGCAACACUUCUGAUAGAGAUCGUAGACCAGGACGACAGAUGUGUGUUGUUGAUGAUCCAUUAGGACGAGGGAGUUUAGCAUCUAGUACCUCAGAGUCAUCACAAGUGGUCAAGUUGACAAAGCAACAGAUUAAAACACUCCAGGAGGCAAUGUACCAUUCAGCAGAAUCUGGACAUCUAGAAAUGACUUUGGACUUGAGGAAUAUGGGGGUGCCUUGGACUUUACAUUGUUGGAUGCAUACCCUUGCAACAGCACAUGAGCACCGGUUAGAAUCUAUCAUUGACCAGCUUCUUCAGGACUUUCUCCAAGUUUGGCCGGAUGAUUAUUCUGCUCAAUUUGUUGAUGAAUGUUUGCCACUACUCUUCAAUAUAUUUAGAUAUAGCAAGAAUGAAGGCACUUCAUUGCUCCUGGCUGACAUUUUCUCUUCUUGUUAUGGUAAAGAACCCAUAAAAGAAAUUCGUGAUACAACCAUAUCUGGAGGAGCACGGAUAGAUCCAAAGUUUGUUAAUAACCCAGAAUUAUCAGAUGUGCAAUUCCGGGUUGAGGGUCGUGUCUUCUAUGCCCAUAAAAUCAUCUUGGUGAAUGCUUCGUCUAGGUUUAAACAGAUGCUCAGCUCCAAGUUUUGUGAAGGAAAUCCUCCAAUCGUGCAAAUUCAUGAUAUCAGAUAUGAUAUAUUUGAGCUUGUUAUGCAGUCUCUGUACAAAGGAGGCUGUGAAAACUUAGAAGUUGAAGCUGGUGAUGUUCUUGAGCUUAUGGCUGCUGCAAAUUUCUUCCAGCUUGAUUCUCUUUUACGCUAUUGCGAGUCAAGAUGCUCUAAAUUAGUACUUCUGGAUAAUGUUGUUUCCAUGUACAUACAUGCCAAGGUCUACAAUGCUGUGCAGUUGCUUGAAUACUGUCAGGGUUUCCUGCUGCAAAACAUGGUGGCACUUCUUACAUAUGAUGACUCUGUCCGGCGUCUCAUUUUUGGAAAGAAGCUGCAUAACCAUGAUGUUCUUGCUGGCCUUCUGUUAACAUUACAAGCUCGUAUCAAAGCUCGUUCUUCUCCUCGUGCAGGAAAAAAAUAACGUGGACAAAAUAUAGUGAUGUGCCUAUAAAAUAUAUGUGAAUAUAUUUAUUUUAUGAAGAUAUCUGUAAAAUUCAGCUGUAUAUACACAUGAAUAUGGUGAUCCUUUACUUGUACUGUGCAGUUUUGUAUAUAAUUAUCUUUCCUGGAUCACAGCACAGUAUGUAGUUUAUUUCACGAGGACAAGUCUGAAUAUCUCGGAAACUAUAUGCAAGAGAUUACAUGAAUAAAUAAGAAAGACAUUUUAUUGUUUGUGUACAAUAUUGAAAUUUUGUAAAUAUUUACUGAUAUAUCAAAAUGCAAUAUGAAGUCUCUUUCCUUUAAACAGGAUUCACUGAAAUGGCCCUUUUGUACAGAAUAGUAUAUUGUUGGCUGAUGUGUAGUUUUUAAUGAGUUAUUCAUUGUUCUAGAGACAGAGUCUCACAUUGUAUAGACAAGGUUGUGGGUUUAUUACUUAUUCAAUAUUGUGUUCUCUGAACAAGUUUACUCAAAAGCUAUUGAACACGCCAAAAGUAACCUCAGGUUGCCAGUCAGGAGAUAAUAGUAUAUGACCAUUUUUUAAUCAUGCCAUUUCUCAGAAGUCUUUGCUGAUUGAACAUAUAGCACAGCUUCAAGAACAUGUGUAGAAGAGCACCUUGUGUUUCACCCCCAGUGCCUUAAUAUGUGCCUUUUUAAAUGCUGGACUAUCUCAAUUGAAUCGUGACAAACCCUGUGAGUAGCUGCAAUUGUGAAGGCAUGUUCUUUUUAAUAGUAAUCAUGUGCCUGUGGUUUAGUACAUGUUUCACAGAGUCCUUCAGUAACUGAGAGUGAUGCCUACUGAAUUUUCUGUAGCCAGGUCAGCAGUGCCUUGGGAUUGUGCCAAAAUGAGUGCCAAUUUGUGACCAAUAGACUUGUCUAUUCAAGAUAGCUAUCCUGAAUAGCUUAGAAAACCUGUUGACAUAUCAGUGAUACGUAUAUGGCUCUGAAUCUACAACUUAUUGGGAAGUCUGAAUGCUCAACAAUGUCAUUCUAGUUACAUAUAAAAUGAUUUUAUAAGAAUAUUAGUUUUAAGAGAUAUGGCAAUUUCUGGUGCUGCUGCUUUAUAUAAAAGCCAAAUUCUAGAAUGAGCUUCUAGUUUUCAGCAUAAUUCAGCCAAGUCUAGCAACAUGGCUUAGAAAAUAAGAACUUAGGCUUCCAUUCAAAGGAGCCAACUCAAGCUAAAAUUUGGCUGAAAGUGUUUUUACCUUUUUUCACUGUGCUUCAGUUGGUUGUAAAGUAGGUUUUCUAAACUGUAUGCCUGUGGUAUACCACUGCUAAAUAGAGUAUACCUCACAUAUUAGUGAUUCGCCAAGAGCGCUCGACAAUCAGGAAUAAUGUCUGUAGUAUUUGUUACUGUUAUAUUUUGUACAUUUAUUGAAUAAUUUUAGUGUAGCAUUUUUAGAAUAUGUAUGUUCUUUUUGUCAUGAAUGUAUGAUAAUUCUCUCCUCUUUUGUCUUCAGAUUUUAUUCUCUCUCAGCAGCCUCAGCUCAAAAUAGAAUUUAAUAUAUGUGCCCUUGUUCUACAGACAUUCAGUUACUUGACAUUACAUCAGUUAAUCAAAUUCUUUCACGAAAUAACUGGUACACUACUUACCCACAAUCCAGUCUUAAGUUUCAUGAAAUAGGUGUGGGCAGAAGUACAUGGAAAAAUUUUAAAUUAACUGUUGGAAGUACUGAUUUUCAGGUUUAUAUUUUUUUCUCACAUUAAAAGUUUGUUUCAACAAAUCUAUUUACUGUAUACAGACACUAUAAAUAUAUUUUAAACAAAAUGAAUGUCUUCCAAAAACAAAUUUCAGAAUUCAAUAUUAGUUUAUACUUGCUACAUUAGAACUUUAGCCUUAAAUUCUGAAUGCACAUAAAAAAUAUCUAAUUUGGAAAUUAUAGAAGCAACAAUUAGUAUUACACUUCUGCUGCUAGUUGCAUCCCCAAAUCACAUAUUGUCCUCACAAAACCCAGUUCAUUGCCCUUAAGCAUUAUUUGAAGUGCAAUGACCGAAAGGUAGUGCUGAAAAUCACUUUAAAAUUUUAAAAAUUAUUUUGGUUUACUAAGAAAUCUUUUAACUACAAGGAAAAUUAGCCAUAUUAAUGCAUUAUUUUUAAUACAGUAACCAAUUCCUGUAUUUAAGCAUUUCACUACUAAAGAAAAUUGUAAAAUUAAAAUUUAUUCUUUCUCUCUAGUUUUUUUUUUUUAUCGAAUCAUGGUCAAAUGAUAGUGUUGAGUGAGUUAAGUUUCUUUUUAAAUCAGAGUAAUUUUCAUGUUAUCCAUCAUGUCAUAUAGACAAUCAUACACCAUUCCUUUGUCAUUACAUGAAAACCCCCUCACCAACCCUUACUGUUGUACAAUACCACUACCUCAGGUCUACUUGUGUUGUCCUGUGUUUGUUUAUUGUUAUUAUUAUUAUAAUUAUUUUCUGUAAAUAGUUUUCACUGCCAGCAAGAAUUCUACAAGUGCCAAGCAUUUCUUUGCUUUUUUUGAUGCAUUGGAUUUGUCAAGUGCUCAAGCAUUCUGAUGCUCCUGAGCUGCCAGUAAUUGCUUCCAACAUAAAGUAUACACCAUUUAUUUAGUUUCCAACAGUUAUAGUAUAACUGUUUAUAGAUUUAUUCAGUUUUUUAAUUUUUAUACAUUACGCCAUUUAAAUUUUUAUAUUUAUAUUUAUUUUUAUAUGUAAAGUUGUGGCAAAUACUGGCAGAUAUAUUGUAGCAUACUCAAUCUUUUCCUGAUAUAUAAGGCAGUUUGUAAAUACUUUUAUUAUAACCUUCAAUCCAAUACUGUAUUAUUGUCACUUGAAAUAUUAAGCAUUUAGUAUUAGUCUUGAUUUUAGGUAUCUCCUGAAGGCUAAAUACAUCUCCAUCUUAAUUUUUCUCCUUUUCAUAUAGCUUCAAAAAUGUUUCAAGUAGUAUAAGCAUUUAGCAUUUUUUGUGUAAGCCAUACAUUAUACAAGUUGUGUAUUAUUUUCACUGAAUCAUAACAUUCGUAAAUGCAUCAUACCCAUAUAAACUUCAACAUUCUAUGCUCUUAUAUAAUAAUGGAUGCAGGGCAACUGCUUUCAUCCAUUUUUUCCUUCAGUCAGCAAUGUGUAGGCAUAAAAGUUUGUAUUCCUACACCAUAUACCUAUAGGGCAUCAGGUAGUCUCAACUUUUGAUUUGGUUAAAUUAUAAAAAUUAGGCUUACUGUUACUUUAUGUGAAAGGCACCUAAUACUUUAUUGGAAUGUAGUAAUUCGGCUAAAAUCUACCAUAUUUCUGUAAUACCAUUUAUGUAACUAAUGAAUUCUCCCAUGGAUAAGUAUAUUUCUUAGACUAUCCAUAAAUUUCAGAUUAAUCAUAUAGUACUUCUCUUGUUAUUGUCAUUUACAUUAAAACUCAUUUCUUCAUACUUGUCACAUAAAAGCAUUCAACAAACAUUUUAUAAUGCUAACUUGUACUUUAUCAAGUACAGGACUUUACUCAUUAUAGUGUCAGAAGCAGAUUAAUUAUGGGGAAAUUACGUACAUUUCUUUCUUAUUAAUUUCCUUUCAGCAAUUAUACUCUUCUAUUUAUAUAGUUUAAAGUAUUUUUCCUUAAACACCGAAAGUACUCGUGCCUUUAGACAUAAGGUUGAUGAUGCACUUGUGCCUUUAACCAAGUUAUUUUAAUCCUUCAAAAGUUCUGUACACUAGCCUAAGUUCCUAUAAAUCCUGCUGCAUUCUUCACUCAGGUUACUUGAUAUUUUUUAACUUUAUAAAAUUUGUAAUGUAAACUUCUAAAUACUGUACAAGAUUUCAUUCAUAAUAAUAAUUAGAAUACAGUUAUAAGUUUCACAAACAUAAAUUCUACACUGAUAAAGAAAUAGGGCCAAGAAGUCAGAUAGUAUUUCCUUAACUUACACACUUGCAGUAGGUGAUAAUCAAUGCAAUAUUAUAGCAGGCUGUGUUUCACAUCAAAUGCAUUUCUUACCUCCUAAGUUGGUAAGAGAUGCAUGAAGUCUGGAUUUUAUUAUUUCUUUUACCAUUAAGAAGGAAUGAGGCAAGGACAGCCUAUAGCAUUACCAAAAUUCGAAUGUCUAAAAUGCAUUUCCACUUAAAAUUAAUUUAUUUAUAUUUCUUCCAAAGUUUAUGCAGUUAGUAUUGUUCUUUUACAAAAAUAGAUGAGAAAUAAAGGUGUAAUACUUUUUCUUCUUACAAUAGCCAAAUAGUUUAUUAUAUGUCUUGCAAUUUUCAACAGUACCAUGAUAUUUAUUAGUACAGUAUACCUACAAAAGGAUCUUUUCUUAGUGUUAAACAUUUCUAAUGCAGCAACCAUAAAUUUACCAUGUGAACUUUGUACCCUCCCACCCACCCAUUUUACAGCACAGCAUAUAAUUACUGACAGAGUAAGGAUGUAUGUUAAUGUCACCAACACCUGACAUCUUCAAAAGUGGGGCUUUAUAACAAAAUUACCAAUUUCCAGAUAAACCAAACUUGAACAUGACAUUUUUGCUUUUAUAAGCAACUCUAAGCAUCAUAGAGUAAUGCUGAAUACUUAUCUCCUCCUACAAUGAUGGCCCAUUCUGAGAUGUUAGUUGGUGAAAGAUGAAAGAAUAAGAUUUAAGUUAGUGCUGUGUAUACGUACAGUCCAAUAAAAAUAACCACAGUUA